UGAUUAAUUAAUUAAUUUUUAAGCAGUUUCUUUCAUUCUCAUCCUCAUCUCUUUUUAUUCUUUCCCACUUGAAACGAAGAGUCAAAUUGGCAACGUCAACUUGAAAUUCACUUUAUUAAAGAAAAAUAAAAAAAGAAGAAUUAUGAUUCUCCAAAAUUCAAAAUCAAUUUCCACACAAUUGCUGGUUUUGCGUCUGUGUUCAUACUAGGAUUCAAAAUCAAACGCCAAUCCUGGUCUUCCUUUUUCACUUCACACCAUAUGAUUCAGAUUCACGGAUCACUUCUCAUUUCCACUGCCUAAAUCAAGGAAAUGGCUGCUGAAUCUUCAUAAAUAUCCACAACCGUACCCAGAUCCAUCAUCUCUCAUUCAUCUUUUUCCAUUCUCAGAUGGAUCGAAACGGAAGAGAUCAGAGGCAUAUGGAGGAGGAGGAGGAGGAGAAGCGCAACGAGUUGGAUCCGAAUCAGAAGACCAAGAGAGCGAGAGGAGAUAAUCAUCAAGGACUAGUAAUGGCGGAGGAAUCGAUGUCGGUUGAGAGGAUUUUUGAAGCGCAAGAAGUACCGUCGUGGCAGAAUCAGUUGACGGUGAGAGCUUUUGUGGUGAGCUUUGGACUGAGCGUGUUGUUCACUUUCAUCGUGAUGAAGCUAAACUUGACGACCGGUAUUAUUCCUUCGCUCAAUGUCUCUGCCGGACUUCUUGGCUUCUUCUUCGUGAAGACGUGGACGAAACUUCUGGAGAAAUCUGGUUUUCUGAAACAGCCUUUCACUCGCCAAGAGAACACCGUGAUUCAGACUUGUGUUGUUGCUUCUUCCGGCAUCGCCUUCAGCGGAGGUUUCGGGAGCUAUCUUUUUGGACUGAGUCAGCGCAUUAGUCAGCUAUCAUCAGCCGAUAUCAAUGAAUUCAAGAACCCUUCAUUAGGAUGGAUAAUUGGUUUUCUUUUCAUCGUCAGCUUUCUCGGCCUCUUCUCGGUUGUUCCUUUACGGAAGAUAAUGAUCGUAGAUUUCAAGUUGACUUACCCAAGUGGUACUGCCACAGCACAUCUUAUCAACAGUUUCCACACUCCUCGAGGAGCAAAAUUAGCCAAGAAGCAAGUGAGAACGCUCGGAAAGUUUUUCUCAUUCAGCUUCUUGUGGGGUUUCUUCCAAUGGUUCUUCACUGCCGGAGAUGACUGUGGAUUUGUCAGUUUCCCUACAUUUGGCCUCAAAGCUUACAAAAACAAGUUUUAUUUUGAUUUCUCAGCAACAUAUGUUGGGGUGGGAAUGAUUUGUCCAUACAUCAUCAAUAUAUCUGUGUUGGUUGGAGGAAUUCUUUCAUGGGGUUUAAUGUGGCCUCUCAUUGAGAAAAAAAGAGGAGAUUGGUUCAGUGCUGACCUUCCCCUGUCCAGCUUUCAUGGCCUUCAAGGCUACAAGGUGUUUAUCUCCAUUGCCUUGAUUCUAGGCGAUGGGACUUACAACUUUGUAAAGGUGUUGGCAACAACUCUCAUUGGUCUACACCGUCAGCUGAAGAAGAGAGAUAUUAUCCCAGUCUCAGACGGUUCCCCUACUUCAACGUCCGAUGUAUCUUUCGACGACAAACGGAGGACUCAACUCUUCCUCAAAGAUCAGAUUCCCUCGUGGUUUGUCAUUGGAGGUUAUGUUGCGAUUGCAGCUGUAUCCAUAGCCACAUUGCCGCAUAUCUUUUCGCAGCUGAAGUGGUAUUAUAUACUUGUCAUCUACGUGAUUGCACCAGUACUAGCUUUCUGCAAUGCUUAUGGUACUGGGUUGACUGAUUGGUCCCUUGCGUCUACCUAUGGAAAGCUUGCCAUCUUCACGAUUGGGGCAUGGGCUGGUGCUGCACAUGGUGGUGUCCUUGCAGGCCUAGCAGCUUGCGGAGUAAUGAUGAACAUUGUCUCAACCGCAUCUGAUCUAAUGCAGGAUUUCAAGACUGGUUACAUGACAUUAUCUUCACCGAGGUCGAUGUUCGUGAGCCAAGUUGUAGGCACUGCGAUGGGAUGCAUCAUAUCUCCCUGUGUAUUUUGGCUGUUCUACAAGGCAUUUGAUGACCUUGGACAGCCCGAAAGUGCUUAUCCAGCGCCAUACGCAACAGUCUAUCGUAACAUGGCACUUCUUGCAGUUGAGGGCUUCUCGAGUCUACCAAAGAAUUGUCUCUCCCUAUGUUAUGGGUUCUUCGCAGCAGCCAUUGUGAUAAAUUUGAUAAGGGACUUAUCAGGGAAGAAGGUAAGUCAGUAUAUCCCAAUACCUAUGGCAAUGGCGAUUCCGUUCUAUAUCGGCUCUUAUUUUGCCAUUGACAUGUGCCUUGGAAGCUUAAUAUUGUUUGUGUGGGAAAAGAUUAACAAGGCCAAAGCUGAGGCUUUCGCACCUGCCGUCGCGUCUGGUCUGAUAUGUGGAGAUGGAAUAUGGACAUUGCCUAGCUCCAUCCUUGCUUUGGCUGGAGUUAAACCUCCCAUUUGCAUGAAGUUUCUAUCAAGGACUACAAAUGUUAAGGUUGAUAACUUCUUAGCAUCAUGAAGCCCUUUGUUCAAAGCCACAAUAGAAGAAGGUAGUGUUCUAAAUAUAUUUAAUGUUUAUAGCUUUAUUAUUGUAUGAGUGCAAAAGGUACUCAAACAGCUUCUUGAUGUUUAGAUAAAAUAGUUGUGCUUCAUCUGUAUAUGAACUCUCUCACAUGUGUUGUUAAAAUAUUAAUAAAUAGUUGUUUUCUGGGAAAA